AUGCGGACGUCCUCCUCCUCUUUGCCGAGGAAGAGGAAGAGGAAAGACCUCUCGCCUCUCGAUACCGUCCUCCUCGCCGACGACUGGCGGCCGUCAGUUAGACAUGCCGGUCGACAGCAGUGUUCUUCGCGAUUCUCCUCUAUUAUCGCAUCGCGUCGAGCGCGACGCGACAUUCUUCACCGAGGACGAGAUGGUCCUUCGGCGUAUCGUAAGGUUCCGGGGAAGCCAAAGUCUCUUCAGACGAAUCGGGCUCCCGGUGAACGAUGCUGGAAGCGGGAGGGCCGAACGGGAGACAAAAGCGACGGAAGCAACGACGAGAGACGAGACAAACGACGACAGAGCGCGGAGGAUAUCGCGAGUAAGGAGAUUUCUCAAGAUAGUGCCUCGUUCGACGGCACCAUCGCCAAAAGCGUCCUUCUGUUGGCACUUCUCUGCGCCCAGUGUUGUCUGGCGGGCACCGAGGCCCUGGCCGGCACGCAAAAGUACUGCACCAGGACGGUCAAGACGCGAUACGGCAUUCUGCGCGGCAUCGAGGCCAGAUCGUCGAACGCCGUCGAGACCUAUUACGGGGUUCCAUACGCGACGCCGCCGCUCGGCGCGUUGCGUUACAUGCCCCCGGUCACCCCGACGCCGUGGCGUGGUGUCAAAAUCGCCGACACCAUGCCGCCGGUCUGUCCCCAGCGUCCGCCGGCGCCGGACGAGAAACUGCCGCGGCAGAGACGCACCUAUUUCAAGAGGCUGGAAUCCGUACUGGCGAACCAGAACGAAGACUGCCUGUAUCUGAACCUCUACGUGCCCAAACCUCCUCACGGUAGUAUCGCAGAUUCGCUGCCAGCUCUCCUUCUCAUUCAUGGCGAUUCCUAUUCCUGGGGUGCCGGAAAUUUGUUCGACGGAACCGCCCUGGCCGCUCACGGACGUCUUAUUGUCGUCUCCAUCAAUUUUCGUCUUGGUGUGCUUGGCUUCCUGAAAACCGGAACGAAGGGGAGCGCGCAAGGCAAUUAUGGAUUGAUGGAUUUGGUGGCAGGACUUCAUUGGCUGCGCGAGAAUCUCGGCGCUUUCGGCGGUGAUCCUGAGCGACUGGCGUUGCUGGGCCACGGUACCGGUGCGGCUCUCGCCAAUUUUUUAGCCGUCUCCCCUAUGGCGAAAGAAUUGAUCGGGAGGGUGAUCUUGCUCGGUGGUUCGGCUCUCUCGCCAUGGGCGGUCCAGCGAGAUCCGCUGAUGGUGAAGCGACGAGUCGCCGAAGAAAUCAAAUGUCCCGGCGACGUCGAAGCCGACGAUAUCGCAUCGUGCCUUCGUUUAAGGAGCGUAGAUGAGCUACUGGAGGUAGAGCUGAAUCCGCCGAGAUUCACUUCCGGAUUUGCACCCUUUAUCGACGGGGCCGUUCUACCACCCACCAUCAAUCAGAACUUUCAGCCCACUGCCUCUUCUUCGGGACUAAUGCCGAUCGUACCCGGGCCCGGCGCUGAAUUCGCCGACUUUGGCAAUCGUGAUUUACUCUUUGGUUUGACGUCCGAGGAAGCCUGGGUAAAUUUCACCGAGGAAGAUUUACAGAACGGCUUCAACGAAACUAGGAGGGAUCGUAUAUUGCGCACUUACGUCCGGAACACCUAUCGGUAUCAUCUGCAUGAAAUCUAUUCGACUCUUCGGAACGAGUACACCGACUGGGAGCGGGGCGAGCAGAGUCCCGUGGCGAUCUGCGAGGGCCUCUUAUCUCUCCUCGGAGACGGCCAAGUCGCCGCGCCGCUCCUCAGACUGGCUCUACUUCACUCUGCCUCGGAGGGACGGGGCUAUUUCCUGCACUUUCAGCCCGCUGAACGACCGAGUCAGAGGGGCGAGGAAGUACCCUAUCUCCUGGGUAUACCUCUUCUCCGCGGGGAAGUCACGUCCGCGCUACCUGCCUUUGGCAACUACACUCUCGCCGACGAGAAUCUGUCCAAGCUACUCGUGCAUUACUUGGCUAACUUUGUGAAACGCGGGGAUCCAAACGGCGCGAGUCCUUUGUCCUCCGGACUGGAGAACGGUUUGACGACGAGUCCGCCGUUUUGGGAUUCAUACGAUUCUAUAAACCAGUUAUACUUGGAGGCCGGCCACAGUCCGGAAAUGCGCUCGCACUACAGAGGCCAUAAGAUGUCCCUCUGGCUGAACCUGCUGCCGCAGCUGCAUCGGCCGGGCUACGAGAUCAACAUGCGACAUCAUCAUCUCGCGGAUGGUUCCAACCUCUACGAAGGUCCGGUGCGUCCGCAGAGCACGGCCGUGCCUCUAGCGGCACCCCCGCUACCCAUGCCAUCCCCCACGGAACCGUCCUCGAUGCUUACCGCGCUUUCGACCACGGAAUGCACCCCGAACGCGACCGUCGCGACGACCAUCACGCCUACAACUUCGCGAACGUUGCAGCACUCAAAUUUAGGUCCGGCUCCCAAUAAUCUUCUGCGCAAGCUGGCGUCCAGCCACUAUCAGAGUUACACCACGGCCCUUACGGUCACCAUCGCGGUGGGUGUAUUUUUGCUGUUGCUCAACAUUCUUAUUUUCGCGGGGAUCUACCAUCAGCGCGACCGGAACGUGUCCGGCGGCAGUGCCUUCGGCAACAAGAAAAAGGAGGAGCUGUUGGAGGCCGGUUGUUCAGGCAUGAACACCUCGGGGAAACAGCGACUACCACCCUCCAUGAAUUUGAUAGACUCGCCGUCGUCGAUGCUGCCGCCGCACAAGGCAAAACUCGUGCAAGAGCUCGAGCUGCAGCUGCAGGAAUUCCAAUGCUCGCCACCGCCCGGUGGUGGCAAGCGAAUCCUAGAGCCGCCAUCGUAUAGCAAGAGUCCGUGCAUCCAGCGUACUCGCACUCCAUCGCCCUGCGUAGACGCUACUAUCGCCCGGAUGGACGAGGUCAGCGAUGUUGGCGUUCGCCAUCAUGACAGCGAGGACGAGAACGAGGAAUUGCCGGAACCGCCGCCCCCGCCCAAGGCUCCAGCACCCAACGUCGGUCUCACGUGCCCCGGAAUCCUCCGGCAGCCUGGGACACCCGGUAGCGCGAAGAAGCGUGUGCAGAUUCAAGAGAUCUCCGUGUGAUAGACGGCGAAGAGGAAGAGGGGGUUUCAGUCUCUUGAGAACUUUGAUGUUGAAGAGUAGGCGGUUUGUCGAGAGCACGAGGAUGCAAUGAGAGAGGAUGUCGGUCGAGAUCAAGUGUAGCGAGGAGCGUCUUUGAACUCAGAUUAUAAUCGGAUACUCGAGGCGCGAGAAGGUACGCUCUCUCAAUCACUGUCAAAGCGAAUUUCGUUUCUCUAAUGAAAUUUUAUCGUUUUUCCACAUUAUUUUCGCGUUUGAAAAUGAAUAAAUAUAGCACGUAUUGUGAUGCGCAUCGGUUGACUUGUUGUACAAGAUAAAAACGCGUUCGCUUUCGCGUUGAUGCUUUCUGUCGUUAUUGCGUGCGAACAUAAUUCUCUUUCCAAUACCCGCGCGUUCUUGUUCUCAAAGCUUAUAUUCCGCGCUACUGACUCUAAGAAGUGCGUUUAGCUUACGAUCAAACUUAAUAUUACUCGCGUGAUCUUCGCUACGAGUGUACAUCUUGAAGAGAAAUUCAAACAAUUUUUACUCGCUACAAAUCGAACGUUGUACAGUGUGUCGUGUGCAAGUGUUAGGAAGUGUGCUUUGUUUCGAGAAGUUUCUUAAUGAGGCUUUCGGGUUGUGAUCCGCAUCUUGCAACACGAUUCGAUGAAUGCGAAUACUACGGAACAGACAGGAGAUUCGUAGUAGUCCCUUCCGAGACGUGAAUCUUCGUCCGUCCAUCAAGGACGGUAACGUCUGACACUUGAAAUUCACGGAACGUCUGACGCUCGUUCAUUGACUUUUCGACUGGGUUCGAUCCGGUGGUUGUUGUGUAAAAUGGGGGAUUGAUAUAAUCUCAGGAAUAAAAAAAUGCAAAGGACAUAACACACACACAUCUCGCGGCAGGAUAUAUACGGUACCUGUCGUGGUGCUAACUCGGGCUAAUUUGGUCCGGAUCUGCCAUAACACUAAAUGGAAUUAAUUGAGGAAUUGGUAGUCUUGGACUUUAACUUUUAGAUUCAUAAAACGACGAGGAUGACUAGCUAUCGAUAUGUAUGUGUGUGAAGAAAUGCAUGAUAUAGUAAAGAGAAUAAAAAGACGGAGAAAAAAGAGCAAGAAAAAAAGGAUGGGAAAGAAAAUGAAUUCUAUAAAAUGAUGACUCUUGCUAGUGUAAUUGGGCGAAUGUUUGUGUGUACGUGUGUAAUCUUAUACAAGGAAUUAGAACACGUAUGAGACGAGAUAGGUCUAAACGGUUUAAUGGCAACGGGGAGUACUUGAGAGGAUGCAGGUGACUCUCCAUAUUUGUUUUAACAAUUGCCGCUGUGUAACGUAAAAUUGCAUUUGUGGAGAAAAAUUCGAUACACGAAGUUUUAGCGUUUUGUUAAAAAAUACUAUAUAUCUGUGUUAUACGUUAUAUACUCAAAUAUCUUUAUAACGUAUACAUUUGUCAGAAAGUAUUGCGGUACAAGUUUUCUCUAACUUUAAUAUUCACCUGGGGGCUGGAAAGAGAAAGAGAAAGUUGCGCUGUUUCAGAAAGUUAUAAAUUUGCUACAACUUUUUGACGACUGCUAUAAAAGAAAAGCGUUUAGAUAAAGAGUUCCUACUUUCGACCAAUUGGAGAUUGUCCUGUAAUAUAAAUGAAUUUCUAGUUGUAGAUGAACUUACUCGUGCAGACGCUUAAAGUUAAGUUAUUCCACUAAAUAUUUAUUUAAGUUUUUACUUGCUCAAAUUUAUUUAAAAGUAUCUUUCUAUUUUAGUGAAUUCCAUACAGAUUCUACAACAGAUUUAUUUUUUAUAACAAGAAUUGUAUUUUUGUCAUAACAAUACAGUUUACUUUCAGCCUUUAAUAAUUAAAUAAUUACAUAAUUAAAUAAUAACAAAGCUUAGUAUAAAGGACGAGUUAAAGUUUCAACCCUUUGAGAGUCACCUGUACAUUGUAAAUUUUAUGCAAUAUUGGAAAUAUGAUAGUUUGAAGGCGAAAAGUAUUCGGAUCCAUUCUAAUUUAUGUUUUUUUCUGGGGUGCUUAGACGUGUCAAACUGGUUACUAAUAUAUAUAUACACACAUACGAUGUUAUUAUUUUCGAUUUAAUUAUCGAUUUCAAUUUAAUUAUUUUAUCUUUUCUUUAUCUUUCAAAACUGUUACAGAUUAGGUAAGUGGCAUCUAGAGUCCAAAUUUACCAGGCAAUACUUUAAAGAUUAAUAUUAAGAAGUUAGUAUUAAAUAUUGAUGCAAAAUUUUUCCAAAGAUUCUAAUAUUAAAAUACUAUAUAAACUGGGGAAACGCAUUUUAUAUUCAAAAUAAAAUACGAAGUUUUUGGACUUGGGCAAAUUUUGAUUUUAAUUUGUCGCAUUGUUACGCAUGUAAUGGAACGCACAAUACUUCUUGACGGAAUAAUGUAAUCGAAAACCAGAACAAGCAUUGAAUUGCGACUCGAAACAAUAUGUCCUUCGCAAAAGCAUCAAAUAAAGAAGACGGACAAGCGUCGUAAGCACCCCUGCGACCGUAAGACUUUUCGAGCAAAUGAGGAAGAGAAAUCGCGCGAGGGGCCACACCGUAAGUAACCUAACUCCUAAUUAACUUAGUCACGGGGAACCUUGCCAUAAUUAAUUCGAUUGCACUCGCGUGCAUUAUCGUCUAGCGGCGAAACGCUGACGAUGUUAAGAUAUGUGUGUAUAUCGCGUAUAUAAAGAUAAUUGAGAGCGAAUAUUGAAACGCGCUUUAUAAAUCAAAGGAACCGUUUGCGAUCGAUUCGAGAAGUGCUACGUAAACAGAUAGCUGUUCGUCGAAUUUGGAUACGAUCGUUAAAUUAGCUUCAUUUGCAUCGUACCUCCCCGUGGAGAUGGUUAAGUUUCAUUGUCAUUUGCGCGGCAGGCAAAGGUGAUGAUCGAGCCUCGUCAAAGCUGUUUACUACCGCUGUUCCUUUCGUUUGCAAAUUCUUCAGUCGAUCGGAACUCGAUUCUUUCUCGAUGGAAAUGUUGAAAUUCAAGCCAUCGUUGAGUUUUCAAUGAUCGAAAAGGGAUGAUUUUUUUGGAAUACCAAGCUGAUAAUUAGCAAAACUACUAAUGACGAAGAAAACCUCUUAUCUUUCAGGAUAUUUAGAAAAUGAUGUAAAAGAUUUAAAGACAUUCAAUUAAGUCCUUUAAGAGAGAAAGCAACUUAAUUAGAGGAUCCGUAGAUGAAAGAAAUGGCGGUACUUUUGCGACAGUGGGUAUACAUACAGAAUUAACAAGCGAAAAAAGUAAGGAGAUGCUAUGGACAUAAUACAGAUAGCUAAAGGGAUAUCCGACUAUGCUGCCAUGAUCUAUAUUAUGUUUAUGGAAAGCGCAAACACAAAAACGCACCCACACGUAUAUACAUCUAUCAAUGUUUGGAAUGUUGGGAUUUGUUUAAAUAAAUACUUAAAAGAUUAAAAGCG